AUGGCGCCGACAGCAGAGAAUGGCGUUAUCUCACCACUGUUCUCGCUUGACGAAGACGCUGAAGCGUCUGUGGUUACUCAGUCGGAGCCAACCCGCGAGAUUCCCGUGCCUAUCACUACUUGCUUCUUCGAUCUGGAUGACACUCUGUAUCCCAGUAGCGGUGGCCUUGGCUCAGCGUGUGUGAAGAACAUCGAAGAUUACAUGGUUCAACGCCUGGGCUUCUCAGCAGACACAGCAGGCGAGGAGGCUAUCAGGUUGUACAAGGAACAUGGCACCACAAUGGCUGGACUCAGGGCGGAGGGAUACGCCUUUGACUUUGAUGACUGGCAUGCCUUCGUCCACGGCCGGCUGCCAUACCACCUGCUAAAGCCAGACCCCGCCUUGAGGCACCUGCUCGACUCACUUCCUCAACGCAAAUUUGUAUUCACCAACGCAGAUCGUGCCCACGCCAGUCGCUGCCUGCACCAGCUGGGCCUAGAGGGCUGCUUCGACGCCGUGAUUGCAUUUGAAGACGUCAUGGCGCAGCUCCCCGCCCUGCCCUUCUCCCAGCGAAACAACUUCCACCCCUCGUCCGCCACCUCUCACACCACUCACAGUUCUGACACCCCCAAUGGCUCGGACAAAUCUGACAACUCUGACGGAUCUGACAGUCUUCUGGACUCCGACCAUGACCUGCUGGCUUCCUCCCUGCCUCCCAUUCCCUGUACCUCCUCCACUGCCUCCCUCCCCUCGGCUAACCUGUCAAGUGAUUGCACCGAGGGCAGUGGCAGCAGUGGCAGCAGCUCUCCAGAGCGGUUGCUACCAGUCAUUAUCCAGGAUCAGCAAGAAGGACCAAAUGAGCAGCAGCAGCAGCAGCAGCAGCAGCAGCGUGACUUAGAGCAGCAGAACCCCAAACAGGUGAACCUUCCUCACGUGCCACCUUUCCGCUGCACCAGUCGCCGCUGCGUCAGUGCAGAUGCGCUGGUGGAGCAUGCUGCUUCUCACCCUCCCACAGCACACACUCAUCGUGCUGGACCGCUCAUCUGCUGCAAGCCCCAGGCGGAGGCGUUUCACCGGGCAGUGGUUGGGAUCGCACAUGCUGACCUGCACAUAUCGAUCUUCUUUGAUGACAGCACUCGCAACAUCGCAGCAGCCAAGAGAUUUGGCAUGCAUACAGUUCUGGUUGGAACAUCACAAAUAUCAGCAGAAGCUGACUAUGCUAUAGCAGAUAUCCAUGAAAUGAAGAAGCAGAUUCCUGCAUUGUGGAAAGUGUCCAAAAGCAAUGUGACAGACACGGUGACGGACGGUGUUAGGGAGUCUCCAUGCAUCUGCCAUCAAAACAGAAACCUGGGCCUUGUGUUGGCUUGA